AAAACUGACUUCCGGACACCGCAACSUUGUUCCCUCCCUCUCCCGUUCCAAAACCAAASACUGAUUAACGACACUCAGUAUGAAUUAUGCGAGCGUACACGGUCGCGACCAGUGGACUUUCACUGCACGCACGUCCAUUUAACGGAUAUCCGAACGUCUACUCGCCAGUAUCGGUUCUCGUGGACAGCAUUUUGGGGAUUUCUGAGAGGUCGCCGGUGGUUGGGUUUUUGAACUGAAGGUCCGAGAGGAYUCCUUUCACCCGURGCGGAUUUUAAUGACAAAGGAACAAACUGGGAGUUAAAAAGACGCGAAUUUGCAGGAUGGAACAUCUCUCUCUUCUACUCUUGUUUUUAUCGAUGGGUGUAUCCCAUGCCAGGGUGGUGUCUGUGUCCCCUGUCCCUCUGCUCCGUGUGGAGGGCCAACCUGUCUCACUGCGCUGUGAUGUCACUGACUACGAAGGGCCCAGGGAGCAGGAUUUUGACUGGACCAUGCAGCAGGGGGGGGCGGGGUCUAUCCAAGUAAUCUCUACCUUCGAACCAAAGUACUCGGACGUGUCGCUAAGCGACCGGGUGGCCAGUGGUGACCUGAGCGUGGUGCGGCUGGGGGACAGCGUGGUGGAGCUGAGGAUACAGGAAGUGAGGUCUUCAGACAGCGCCACGUACCUCUGCAGUACACCCAGUACGGACUCUGUCUUCAGCGGGAACUAUGACGCAAGGGUGACGCUCAAAGGUGGGUCACAGGUGACCCCCAGAAGCUGGCGUGUCAUGUGUACCACCAUCACCCACUUCCUUGCAGGGGGCCGACUGGGCGUGGCCUGGAAGUACACACCACUUCCUGGUCCACGCCGGCGACCGCCUAACAACCACACAGACCACACUCCCUAUUGGUUCCCUGGAUGCCCACGGCAACCCUGA